AGCGUAAUGGCUGGUAGGGUUCAACUGGACGACGACAACGAAUCGAGCAGUGAUUUAGAACUGCCGUUGUCUCAAGACCGCGGAAACGAACAGGAAACUUUGAUAAAGAGUCCUUCGAAUCAAGUAACUCCACGAUACGUCUAUUUUCUCACCGCGUUCGCGGCGAUUGGCGGAUUCUUAUUCGGCUAUGACACUGGCGUGAUCUCUGGUGCUAUGAUUCUCAUCAAACAAGAGUUUCACUUGUCCUAUUUUUGGCAAGAGCUUGUUGUUAGUGUGACUAUAGGGACAGCCAUAUUAGGUGCCCUGGUAGGAGGUUUUCUAAAUCAAUGGCUCGGUAGAAAGCCGAUUUUAAUGGUCUCUGCGACAGUAUUCACAGUUGGAGCAAUAGUGAUGGGAGUCGCUCACUCCAGAGAGGUUCUCCUACUCGGAAGGCUUAUUGUAGGAUUUGGAAUAGGUGAGCUUGGCUUGACACUUAAAAAAUGGUAUUUUGUCUGUUGUGCUAUGUGUUUGUGAGUGUUUUUGUUUUAUUUUUCAUUUUAUUGUUUUGUUUCUCAUUUAACUGACAAUGUAAACAGUCUUGACUAGCUUUGACAUUAGCCUGCAUGUAGGGCUGUGUGAGCGAUUAUCAGUCAUGUGAUUUUCUGUUUAUCAUCAACCUUCAGCACUUCAGGGCUCAUUCCAGGGGGCUUCGGAUUUUCUCUUCAAAGCAAACAACGAAAAUUUGGAACCUUCAGAAAAUCUUUUCAAAGGUGCUGGCCAAACAUUAGAUUCAGAUUUCAUUUUUCUUGGGGUACCAACAAAAAAAUGAGGGUUUGGAGCCUUUUUUCGGAGGGAGGGAUAUGUGGAUAAAAAGUGGAAUGUUCCAGGGAGGGAAGAGGUUUAAAAUUUUGAUCCAACCAUAGUUUUUCCGUCUGGAUUGUUUGUUUAAAAGGUGAAAUGAAAACUGUUAGUUCUGAAAAAAAAAGUAAUGAUAAUGAUUAUAGUGAUAAUUUCGUUAUGUAACCCCUAAAGCCCUGCUUGGUAUUAGAGCCCAAGGUUAAGAUUUUAGGCCUUCCUUUCAAUUUCUCUGAAAACUGAUUUUUAAGGGCCCAAUUUUUAACAUUCAUGGAAAUGGUUUUGAAAACUCUGGCCUCACAUUUUAUACAGAGUCCAAAAUAUAACCAUGGAAACCUACAAAAAAGGCUAAUUUACAUUAAAGCAGAUUUUGUUAACCCAUUCACCCUAACCAUCCAUAACUGCCUGUGGUAUCACAUCUCUUUUGCUAUUUUCAGCAGAUCAAUAAAAUUGUUGUGAUGAUGUGGUUUUGUAACUUGGGUGGCAGGCUCAAAUGAGAAUAUAAAACUUGCAGUGAAAAAACAAAAUCGUGUAACUUUGCUUUGAAAAUACAAAUUAAGGCAUAUAUUGUUCCAACAGACAUUUGGUGUUUGUGUAAAAUUAAGGGAUUUAAUUAUUCAGACAAUUUAAACAUUUCUGAUUGAUGGUAAGAUACACUGCAUUAGCACUUUCAUUGACUUGGAUAAAAUAAAUAAUAUUGUUAUUGUCAGGGGGGCCAAUGUCACUUUUUUUGCAUAAAAUAUUACCUUCUGCACAUGCCCAUACUUAGCAAGCUCUGGUUUUGCAUCAGGAACAAAAUCCACUGUGGUGCUAGACUUGAAAUCAACAUUUUGGUUGGUUUGAUUUUGCUUCAUUUAUUUUUUGGUCAGACGGUGACCAGAAAACAGCUUGCAACAAGGUUUCCAGGCCAGAGUGGAGGAAUUUUAAAACAGAUUCAGGUGUUUUAAAGUGCAGUUGGUUGGCGUUUGUAAAGUAUUUGUGAAUGGAAUGUUAACAAAAAUUAUUUAGGUAUCACCACCAGGAGCAAUCAAAAAAAAAAAUUCCAAGUAAUUUUUAAACAAAUCAGCAAUUAUCCAGUUAUUAUCAGUUAUUAAUUUGGUUAUUAAUUUUAAAAUGCUGCCCUUUGGUUUUUAAACAACAGGUGGUGCUUCGGUUACUGUCCCUGUGUAUAUUGCUGAAACAGCACCUUCAAAUACGCGAGGGCGAAUGGUCACCAUCAAUAACAUGUUUAUUACUGGUGGACAGUUCAUUGCUGCCAUUAUAGAUGGGAUUUUUAGCCCUUACAAAAGGAAUGGAUGGAGGUACAUAUGAACAAUCAUUUACUCAAUUAUUAUAUUGCACCAAGGCCACACACCAAGGCCUGCUAACUAAUAAUUAUACGAACUUAAGACAAGAUAACAAGGACCUCAGAAAUGACAAACAGUGGUGACAGACCCUGAGUGUUUUGUCAGUUAACCUUUUUCUUAAAUCAGACAUCAUACCUGACACAAGUGGAAAUUAAACUAAUACUGCAUUUUUAUUUUUCUCCUUGUCUUCCUAGGUUCAUGCUUGGUUUAGCUGCGUUGCCAUCUCUUAUCAUGUUUUUUGGUUGCCUUUUUCUCCCCGAGAGCCCUCGAUGGCUUCUUAGUAAAGGUUAUGGUGAGCGAGCUAAGGCUGUGCUGAUGAAAUUAAGGGGUGCCUCAGACGUGAGUUCAGAGCUUGAGGCCAUGAAAAAUGUGGUCGAAGAGGAAAGCUCCUUGGAUGAAAGUAAGUCCACACCUGUUAAGUGUUAAAUGUGGCAAAAUGAAAUUUACUGUAGGCUAAGUUAAACGCAAGACAUUGCUAGUCUGCUGUCUCUUGCAUUGGAUUAAUAGGGGCACACUAACAGAGAGCUUUGCAAAGUCAUUUUUGAGCAGUGCAUGUCAUUCGGAAGUGAGACCAUUUCCCUAUUAAUAUGCCAUGUGCCAUGUAAUUUGUAUAUCACUAAGUGUUUUUGCUCUUAUAGAGAAAAUCUGCCCAAAAAUUGGGUAAUGCCACCACCAUAAUGGUGCCUGUGUGGAUUUCACUCACGGGGUUGUCAUGGUGAUGCAUUGUACAUUUACACCCCACCCCUCCCUUAAGCCUCUGUGUUGAGAAACCAAUCAAUUUGUCAUGGAGGGCUGAUAAGGUUCCUGGUUUUGACCACCUUAACUAACUGACUGAUUGACCUUAGUUGGCAAACUGUCACAUACCAUAUUAGAGACCUUAGGAUUCCAAGGCAAGGGCGGCUACGAGGAUGAGAUUUUUCUAAUACUUAGUAGUGCAAGUUCUUGAAGCAGCAUCAUUUUGGUGGGAAAAUUCAAUAGGCAUGGUCAUUCCUUUAUGGGUUUUAUAGAGACUGACACAGUAGCAGAAACAAGUUAUCAAAUACUAAGAAUUUUAUCAUUUUGCAAUUGGGAGAGGGCUCAAAAUCCUUUAAUAAACAUAAAUGUGCUAACUUUUCUGGUGAAAAAAGGGACAGUGAAGCUUUCUGGGAUGUAUAUUUUUUUGAGAAUAUUAUGCACAAAAAAAAAACUUUGAGUCAAAUCUCAUCCUUGAAUCGGAAAAUCUCUCUUUACUUGAAAGAGUGCCAUGUUGAAAUUAAGUACUGUCCAUAAAAUAGCACCAGUCCUAAUUAAGGCACCAAAAUAAAUAAGUGAGAUGGGAAAGUAAAAUUGCUGCAGAUCCUCUAAGCAACCUACACUGUACAGUGGUGCUUGUUGUAUUUAUGGCGUGAUGGUACAGAAAGAGACAGAAAACCCUUUGUUUGAGAAUUCCUCUUUUAGAGAUAAUUUUUCUUUUGACCAUCAUCUUUUUUCUUCAUAUAUUAGUCUUACAGAAGAAUCCUGAUUUUUUGAACCACCCUGGGAAAAGCAAAUUGGUUCGAAUUAUUGGUAGGUUUUAAAAAAUUGGGGGUAAAAUGACAGUUUUUGACAGGUGAUGAAAGUAUUGAAAUUAUGAAUUGAUAUUGUUUGGAGAACCAUGAUGUUCAUAACUUGUGGAACUUUUAACAAUAACUUAGAUGAUUAUUGUGGAGAACCUUUUCUUUUUUUCUAGACUCUGGUUCAUUCACUCAGAGUGGAGUGUACAAGAUUUUAGCUUCCUCAUCAAUGAGGAAAGCAGUUCUGGUGGGAUGUAUGCUGCAGGCGAUACAACAGCUGUCAGGGAUAAAUACUGUCAUGUAAGUGUAGAUUUUAUUCUGUCCAUAGUAUUCUAAUAGGGAGCUUAAAGGAGCUGUGUCACGAAAUUCAGCCAAAUUAGGAAAUUACAAAAUGCCGGUUAAAUUAAGAGAAACAUAAAAAUAAUCACCUAAAAUUUAAGGAGGGUUAAAAUAACAUAAUAAUAAUAAUAAUUUACCAAUUUAUAUAGCGCGUAUUUACAUUUGCUGAUCAAUAGCGCUUUACAAUCAUGUUUAAAAGAAAACGAAAAUACAUUACCGUGAGAAUAAAAUAAACUAAGUUUAUAAUACAAACUAUAAAAAUACUUUUUAAAAAGAUAGGUUUUAAGUCGAGAUUUAAAACUGUUAAGUGAUGUUGCUUGACGAAGCUCCACAGGUAGCUCAUUCCAGAGUUUCGGAGCUGCUGCUGAGAAUGAUCUUGCUCCCAAUGUUGAGUGCAUCUUUCCCUUGGGAUGGUCCAAUAAGAGCUUACCAGUAGACCUAAGAUUAUAUAAUGAAUUCGAUUUUAUGCUAAUAAGAUCGCUAAGAUAAGUUGGCGCUAGGACAUAAAUACAUUUGAAAGUCAAAAGUAAAAUCUUAUAGUCAAUACGCAGAGAAACCGGCAGCCAGUGCAGCUCAUAAAGCGCCGGUGUAAUGUGAGAAAACUUUCCAAUGCCAAGAAUAAGUCUUGCUGCUGCAUUUUGUACACGCUGUAAUUUAGCGAUCUGCACAUUUGGUAAGCCAAACAAUAAACCAUUACAAUAGUCAAGACGGCUGGUUAUAAAAGCAUGAACCAAAGUAAUUAAAGAAUCUCUCGACAGGUAUUUCUUAAUACGUCUCAAGUUAUGUAAAUGAUAAAAUGCCGCAUUACAAGCCUUGUUUAUAUGAUCAGUCAUGCUUAAGUUGCUGUCAAACCACGAUCCAAGGUUUCUAACACAUGGGCUUGGACUGAUACGAUUAUUGCCCACAGUUAUGGAACACGAAUCUAAUUUAUCAAGCUGUUGUCGUGUGCCGACUAACAAAAACUCCGUUUUAUCAUCAUUGAUCAUCAACCGAUCUUGAAUCAUCCAUUUCCUCACCGCGUCAAUGCACUUUUCCAUAGCUUGUAUAGCAUCAGCUUGAGCAGUGUUGCCGAGUGGUUUAAAACUCAGAUACAGCUGCGUAUCAUCAGCGAAACAGUGAGCAUCAGGAAGAUAAUGUUCCACGAUCUUAAACAGCUUGGACGCAUAUAUUAUGAAUAGCAAAGGCCCUAAACAUGAGCCUUGGGGUACCCCGCAGUUCAAGUCAAAAGGACGAGAAAGAACUCCAUGUACAGAAACGCGCUGACUUCUAUCAGACAAGUACGAUCUAAACCAAUUCAGAGCAGUCCCACGUAUGCCAACCUCGUCAGAUAGCCUCUCUAAAAGUAUUCGAUGAUCAACAGUGUCAAAGGCAGCACUGAGAUCCAAUAAAAUUAACAUAGUGACAUGUUGAGAGUUCAUCUUUAACAAAAUAUCGUUCAUCACCUUGAUAAGUGCAGUUUCAGUGCUAUGGAAUUGCCUGUAAGAAGAUUGAAGCGCAGGAAAAAUAGCAUUUGAAACCACGUGAUCAUAAACUUGAUUAAAAACGACUUUUUCAGUCAACUUGGAUACGUAUUGUAAGUUACUAACUGGUCUGUAAUUUUUGUACAACAAAUCCAAUCCAGAAACAACAGAUGCCACGGAUGGGCAAAACUGAAGAAGAUUGAAACGGAUUGAAAUUAGGGCUUUUGAAAACUGUUCAGCCCAACCGUUUUUCAAAGUUGAUCCCUGCUGCUUGCAACUUCAAAAAUAAUGCCCAGGAGACCAUUUGUUUGUCUCAGAUCUCUGAUUUUGUCAUUUACCUGUAAUUUCUUUGCUUACUUUAAGUUCCAUAGCGAUUGAGGGCAAGUAAUUGGCAAAAUUAAACAAAAUGAACUGGACUGCCGUGACACAGCCCCCUUAAAGGAGCUUUGUCAUAAGGAUAAUGUUCCUGUUUUAGGUCAAUUCUGUGCUGAAGUCAUUACUUAGUAUAGUGUCUUUGCCCAUACAGAAAACAGCUCCUUUAGAGAGAUAGAUAAGAUUCAAACAAAUUUCAUUAGCCAGGGUGCACUUAAACCAAAAUAAUUUUUGGUGAUUUUUCAAGGCAUAGCAUUAAAUUAAUCCAUGUCAAUUCCUUGCCAUUCAUUGCCACAGAUGACAGGAAAUAGCUUCAAUGCCUAGUGUAAUAGUGUAAUUAUAGUUGAUAUUCAAUUGAUGCAAAGACAAGUUAAGCUUUAAAAAAAGAUAGCAAAUAGCAUGAUGUAACCCCUUUAAACAACAAGAUGGUGAAAGCAACAUUAGAUGGACAGGGAGACAGAAAGACUCCCCAAGUCUUUCCCAACUGCACCUUGUGCACAAGUUGCAUCCAAGAGCUUCCAGAAUGUUGUGCACCACACAAAAAUUGAGCAUUAAUUCCUAUUGUUUUUACAACAGGUACUAUAGUGCCACUAUCAUACAGAUGUCAGGAAUUCAAGGUGAACAGCUCGCCAUCUGGUUGGCGGCAGUCGUAGCCUUUGGUAACUUCUUAUUCACUCUGGUAGGUGUCUGUCUUGUAGAGAAGAUGGGCCGCCGGAAACUGCUCCUAGUAAGCCUUGCUGGUGUCAUAUUUAGCUUGUGUCUGCUGGGAGGUGCUUUUUACAUUGCUGAGCAAUAUGAUGCACCAAUAGCUUUCCAAGAGGAGAGACCCUCUUACAUCACGAACAACUGCCCUGUCACUGGUAGGCACUGUUUAGACUGUUUAGAUGCCAAAUGUGGAUUUUGUUUUGACACAGACACUGCAAACAACCCCAUUAAUGGAUCUUGCAUUCCAGUUAACACAUCUAGUCCCAGCACUGCUACUUAUGGACGGUGCAGUAGAGCAGGCCAUUCAGCCUCAUGGUCAUACCUGGCCUGCCCUUUCAAAUAUGCCUGGCUCGCUAUUGUGGCCUUAAUCCUUUACAUUGCAGCAUUUGCUCCAGGUAUGGGACCCAUGCCAUGGACAAUCAAUUCUGAGAUCUACCCCCUCUGGGCACGAAGCACUGGAAAUGCGCUUUCCACUGCUACAAACUGGACUUUCAACCUGAUAAUUUCCAUGACUUUUCUUUCGCUUACGGAAUGGAUCACUCGCUAUGGAGCGUUUUGGCUGUAUGGCGGAAUUGCAUUUUGUGGAUGGCUAUUUUUCUUUUUCACUGUCCCAGAAACCAAAGGAAAAUCUUUAGAAGAGCUUGAACAUUUAUUUCGAUAAUCAAGUAGUCCAAAAUUCUAAUGGAUCUGAAUAUGUAUAAUAUUGGGUAGCCUGCGAGCAAGCUAUCCACUGAGCAAAGCAAGCCACAUUCUGCUCCAUGCAAGGGAAUCCAAAACAGUCUUGGAUUCUGGAUUCCAUACAGUGGAUUCUGGAUUCCAGGAACUGGAUUCUGGGUUCUGGUAGUCUUGUCAUGCAUGAAAUUCAACAGAGGCUUCUGUUGACGGUUAUGUGAAUUAUUCUUAGUUAUUUUUUGCAGUACUUUACCAAAAUUAAAGUGGAUACUUUUUAUGAAUGUUACUUUGGUCUUUUUUUUUAAAUCUAUAGGUUAAAUAAAGACGAAACGAAGACUUGAUCUUCUACAUUAGCGUAAAAUUGUUUUAUUUAUCAUCACACUCGUGUGAUUGUUAAGUGAUUGUUUGAAAGCAGGGACCGGCUCAACCAAAUUUAGAGAAGCACUGCACUGUGGCUUAGAAAAAAAGCCCCCUCCCCCUCAUACUCCAUAAAGAGGAAAAGGAAGAAGAAAGAAAAAAAAAGAAACAAGAAACAAACUGACACGAUCACAUUAAAAACUGAUAAAAAGCAGAGCACCGGAGAUUUGAAUAUCCAUGAAUCCUACAACAGGGAAAAGCGCCCUAGGGACGAGGUUGAUCCUACAAAGGUUUUAAAGGAACUCUAUUAACGAUUUACACCGCUUUGUCAGGUCCGGGAGUGGCGCGGGUUCAUUUCCCGAACAGCGGGUGCCUACCGAUAACGAAAACCGUCGCGAAAUGGCGUUUAAGGUUUAGCUCCUCUUUCAUAGCCUGCGCCACAGACAAAACUAAACUCUGGUUUAAAUCACGCUUCCGACGCAGGCUACCAAUUUUUAAGCAAACUUUUCUUGUGUAGGAUCUAGGAACAUGGACUUGUGAUACCACCAAUUGAUACUCAAGGCCAUCAACAGGAAAAUAAAUACAAUAGUGAAUUAAAAUUUUAUUAGCGCUGAUAGGAGCGUAGCUAUCUAUACACCAGUACGCACGCAUACCUGAAAAAUGUCGCCCUAGCCUGAAAAACGCGAAUAAAAUAACCUCUGUUAAGCAGGCUAAUGUCGCCCCUGCUAAUAGGCUUUUCACGGAAUAAUAGACUUCUGUGGUAGCCUGCAUAACAGGCGCCAAAAGUGGUAGGAUGUUGGGCUGAGAAAGGGAAAGAGUGAGGGGAUUGGGGAGAGAGCCUCCCUUCCCUUCUCCCUUUUCCCGUCCCUUUUCCAUUUUGCGCUUUCCUCCCCAUUCCCCUCCCCUUUUUGCGCCUGCCAUAAAGGGUUUUCCACGUUUUUUUCCACUUUUGACUGAGACCAGCUGAGGGAAAUCCGUCUGGAAAAGUGGAGAAGCCAAUUUCGAAAACGGCCAGCGGCCACGCUCUUCACGCUGCUCUUCGGUUCAUUGUGUAUAUUUCGGUUCGAUAAAUCGUGAGCAUUAUUUAUUUAUGGCUUCAACAGUUAAAACUUGCUUGAAAUUAAUGCUCUCGGAAGGCUGAAAAUGCUAUAUCAGAGACCCGGCAUGCCCCAGGACCCCCCCCCCCCCCCCCCCCCCCCCCCACACCCCACCUCCCGCUGUGCCCCCCGCCCCCCCCCCCCCCCCCCCCCCCCCCCCCACCACAUUACCACCCCCCCACACGCGCUCUACACUCGAAACGACGUGAAGAUGAGAAAAAAACGACCACAACAACACACGUACCCCACCCACCCACAGAGUCAUCCUGGGUAAAAGUGGAAGCACAGAGUCGAAACCCGCCGCGUCGCACCCCCCUUCCCCCUGUCGUUGGUGUUUUUUGUUUAUUUCUGGGUUAGAAAAGGUGAGCGCUUUUUUUUUUUUGGUUUUAAAAGUAAAAAUUUCUUGAAAUAAAUAUUCUCGGGAGGGGGAAAAAUGUCUAUAAGAGACCCCGCGCGCCCCCGGGGCCCCCCCCCCCCCCCUAGCAGCUAAAGCCUUUGGCGCUCGUGAUUGCACUCCCCCCCCUCCCCCCCCUCUCCGCUUCCAAUAAAUCUAACCUUGCUACGCGACUGUGAUCUGGAAGAAGUUUAUUGAGAACAGAACAGUAAAAGUAUUUCCCAAGCUCUCUCCAAUCAGCUGAUCGGUGGCGCCUCGUUUUCACGAGAAAGGGAAAAAACGCGGGAAAAUUUGCGUCACGUGAACAGUUCAGCCGAAGAAGACAGCAUGGCGGUGAGUCGUAGCAAAUCUUUAAAGAAAUUUUCUUUAGUUUCUUGAUCUUACACCCUUUCUUGUUUCUAUAACGAUUAGUCUUCAGAUCGAUCUCAUUUUGGUUGCAGUGUAUUUCCUGUUUUUGCUUUUCGAUCGCUUUUAUGGCUAGAAAUUCAGUCGGCAUGGCUUCGUGUAGCUUUGUGUUGUGCAGAAACAUUGUUCGUUCGAGUGUGCCGCAACUUUUCUAUUGAUUUCAUGUCUCAUUCUGUUCGAUUGAUUCAAGCUUAGAAUAAGCUUGGUAAUUUAUUCAUAGUCCUUAUUUGACGAACUUUGUCGAUUCCAUGCAUGUAUGCGGGAGUUGUCGGUCGUUAAUGAAUCUCAAAGCUAACUUUCAAUCCAGAAAUGUACACUUUUGAUUGCAAAGCGUUUCCGGGCUUGUACAACUGUUGGAAUCGCUAAAUAUGCUAAAAUCUUAUUGCUCACUUCAUCUAGCUGCAAGUAGAUCGUGAUUGGUUAAAAUUUGAUCGUUGUUAUUAUAAAAGCUUGCUAAAUUCUUCUGGAAAAAAUAUGGUAAAUAUGCAUGCAACAUAUCACGAGAACCUCAGCACUGGCCUUGUGGCUCGCAGAUAUCACAUAUUUAUAAUGGAGUCUACCUUUUUUAAUAAUGACGUUUUCUUAAAUUUUUCUCAAACUUAUGUAACUUAAUUUUUCCUAAUUUUUAAAUUUUCCAAAUUAAAACAAAAAAUAUACAUGUAAACUUUUUUUCAUCAAAAUCCACUAGGAUUACAUUCUAGGGAGAUCAGUGCUGAACCCAAGGGAUUUUUUUAUUAUGCAACUUUCUUAAGCCCAGUUCAGAUGCUGUGCUUCAUAUUUGCCCAAUCAAAUUCAGUGAAUUGAGUUCAUGAGAAGUAUGGCGUCUUAAUCAAUUGGAAACGGUGAAGAUUGGAAAGAGCUAGUUUGCAAUAACAUAGAUACAAUAUUAUAGAUGAUAUAAUAAUUUAGGUUUAAUGUAAUGAAGAUUAGUGUUGUAAACUGGUUAAAAAUUUUGUGUUUGACAAAUUUUUCGGAUUGCUUCGAUAUCGUAAUCCCACUAGCGCAAUUUUUUCAAAUCGAUUUUGACAGGCAUCAUGCAAUGCAAAUAACAAUAUUCAUUUCAUUACCAAUGAGCAAUGCCUGGAGAGCUACAUUAGCGAGACCGCCAGGUCCCUUUGUACCUGGAUCAAAGAACACUUCUGUCCACAAUGGCCACCUCUCCACAAUGGCCACCCCUCUACAACAGCCAUUUUUUGGCGGACAGUCCAUACAUUCACUCUUGUUUAAACCUCUCUACAAUGGCCACUUUCUUCUGUCCACAAGGUGGCCGUUGUUGUUUCCUCAUGUAGUUUCUGCUUCCAGCAUGAAGAAAUAUCCUGACAAGACAACUUUUUGACGAGCAAAGUUUAUUCAGCGUCCUAACGGUUUUCUCUACUAAGUUACACUGCACAAUGAAUAAUAAUUUUUAGCGUGAUCUACAGCUAAUCGAAUAUGCCCUAAGAAUGGUCUGUUUUGGGAAUAACGACCUAAACACUCGUCGGCUAAUUGAAUAUGCAAUAGCGUAUUGCAACAGUCGUAGAGAGGUCCAACUGUAAUUCCCUGAUCAAAGAAGACCAAUCCAUUGAUACUCCUGACUGCAGGGCAACAGGUCACAACAUCAACCCAUACAGUUAAAAAGCACUAUCCAGGGUUCUGAAUAGGAUUUGAAAUAGGUGUCUGCCCAACCUUAAGUAGGCGGCUGUGACAAAUGGAGGGGCCAUAAACUAGAGAGAGAAAAGUAGCAAUUAGAAUGCAAAGAAAGCGGCUACAAAUUCCAAAGUAGGUGGAGAUCAAUCGCUGGGUGCUGGCUUCUAUUGAGAACCCUGACUAUCCAACAAAAAUAACACCAUCAAGAGCCACAUCAAGGAAGUCAUAGCCAUCAAACUAAGAAAACCCACUGGUCUGGACUUACCAGCAAUUUACAAUCCACUGCUGAGGAUAUGCAGCAACUUUUCUGUUGCACAACCUGACACUUCACAACGCUGAUGAAGUUGAAGCGAUUUGGACCAAAUAUUCAUUUUCUGUCUCAAGUUUUGUUCUGAGUUUUGUUUUGUUUUUUUCUAUUCUAACUAUUUGUUUCUUUUCAGGAAUCCUCAAGCAGCAUUGGUGUACCAAGUAGUCCUCAGAGGACAGACGGUCUAACGUCAAGUCCUGGUAGAGACUUACCUCCUUUUGAAGAUGAAACUGACGCAGUUCUGGGAAAUGAAAAUGUGGUUGACGAGGAAGAUGGAGAAGAGUUGUUUGGUGAUAGGAUGGAACAGUAAGUUGAAACAGUCACUUUAUUGGCAUUUAGGGUUGUUUUCGUCCUUGGCCACUGUCUAGAUAAAAAUUUUGUGGAUUAUUGGAAAAUAAUAAUUAUUUUGUUUUAAGAUAAUGAAAGACAGAAAGAACUUGAUUAUUAAAAAUAAAGCUUUAGAGCCAUUGUUUAUUAUGAUGCUUGUACGGGGCUGGCAUGUACGAUUUCAUUGUGUUACUUAGGAGUUGUUCAUUGCCUUCAGUAGUAGUUGGCAUAUAGUUUUCACUUUGGCAAUAGUUUUCACUCUAGGUUUUUGGCAAUAGUGUUCACUCUGGCAAACACAUGAAAGGUCACCAUAGUUCUUUUCUAGGGUAAUGUGACGUGGGUGGUCCAGGGACUUGACGUAGAUGGUUUAAAAUAAUUAUUUACAGUACCACCCAAACGUAAGUUACCAGUCACAUCUCAUUUCCUGCGUGACGAGAUGUACAUGUUUGUUAUGUUUUGUUUAAAACUAUAGGAGCUUUUUUGUAUUUGUAGGGAUUACCGUCCAAUUCCAGCCCUUGAUGUGUACGAGGCUGGUGCUUUAGAUGAAGAGGAGUAUGAUGAGAUGGCUCCCGAGGCUCGGCAAGAAGCUGAGCGGUUAAUGAGAAAGAGGGACCGAGAGGAGGCAGCAGCCAUGGGACGACUUCAUCGAGGACUUCUUUAUGGUAAAGACAAUUUCUUGUGACAUGAUUUGACCUGAAAAGUCACUUUUUCCAUGCAGCCUUAAAAAUACUGUUUUGUAUAUAUUUUUUGGUAAAGUUUUAAUGUAAAAGUUUAUUGAUUUCUUGUUUUUUAAGAUGAAACAGAUGAAGAGGAUGAGGAACAACCUAGAAGAAGGCGUCGGCUUGCAGAAAGAGCGGCAGAUGGAGAUUUGCAAGAUGAGGAUGAGGUAUUGAAAUCUUAAAGGGAAACUUCAACUUACAAAAUGUAUGUUUAUGUUAAGAACAUUGGAACAUUUCACCCACAUUCAAAAGUGACAUUUGAGUGAAUGGCCUGAACAGAUUGUCACCUUACACUAGGUUAAUCCAGUAUUUCUCCUCUCUCUUCAGCUUAUUGAAAGUAUUGAAAACCUUGAAGACAUGAAAGGGCAUUCUGUACGGGAAUGGGUUUCCAUGCAGGCUCCCAGACUUGAAAUCAAGAACAGAUUUAAACAGUUUCUUCGGUCAUUUGUUGAUGAUCAAGGGCAUAGUGUUUACAGGGAGAAGAUAUCACAGAUGUGUGAAGGUAGAUCAGAUGCUAUUUAUUUUUCUUCUCAGCAUAAUUUUUAUGGGAUAAGCCAUCUCCAAAGAACAGCAACAGCAAAAUCCAACAGAAGAGAUUUACAAAGGCAAAAUCGUUACAUUUCUUUGACUGCUCUUUCUUCUUCUUCAAUGAUUGUGAAUAAGUGUGAUUACAUGUUUGAUAACAACUUACAUACUCUUGUGAGCUACAACUGUAUGUGUUUGAUUUGAUUUGAUUCUAGGUUACACUGAUAAGUCUGAACCAUAUUAUUGUCUGAAAAUUUAUUUUGGGGUGACUACGGGAAUGACAGCAAAGGGAUGUCACUAAGAUUUCAAGUUAGUAGGUAGGGGAAUUGAGCAGCUAGGAAGUUCUCUUGGUUCGAUUUUCCUCUUGUUUUCAUGACAGUAGCCGGGGAGGGGGAAUCAUUCUUAUCCUAGCCACAGGAAGUUCCUGCUCCUUGGCCUUUAGUGACAGCCCUGCAACAUGUGUCAAAGUCAUUAAUGCCCUUUUUGUGUUUGUUCUGUUUUCUUAGCAAACAGACAAAGUCUUGUUGUUGAUUAUAACAUCCUGGCAAAUGAGCAACAGGUCUUAGCAUAUUUUCUUCCCGAGGCACCAUCAGAAGUCUUGCAAAUUUUUGACGAGGUAAUUAGCAACUAAGACUUAUCAGAUGGAAGUGUUACUCUUUCACUCCUGUUAGUGACCAACUGAAAAGAACCUAGAAAGUGUCAAAAGUGUUGAUAAGGCUUUUAUGUUUUACCUCUUUUUUUCCUUCUUUCCCUGCCCACUGGUCCCCUGUUCUCUUAUAUCCCAACAUUGAGUAAGGGGGAUGGGGGGUAUUUAUCAAAGGGGAAAACCAUCUUUUUGGACUUUAAAGUGAACUGUUGUCAAUUUGUACAACCUUCCCAACUACAUUUGUGCAGGAUUGUAGAAAUAAACAGUUCCAUUGUGAGCUGAAAAUAGUAUUAUAGAGAUGCUACUUAAAUGGUCUCACGAGCUGAGGGUUUUGUUGACAGAGUCAUAGUUAGAACUAUGGUAAAUUAAAAAAUUUAAAGGCACACAUGAGCCAAAGGCCCCAACCACCAGCGCUCAUCCCAGUUUCCGUAGCAUGAAACAUGCCUAGUAAUAUUGCUACUCCCCCCUGGACGGGAUGCUUGUCCAUUGUAGGGUUACCCCCCAGCAGUAUAUUGCAAGUACCCAUUUAUACAGCUAGGUGGAGAGAGACAAGUGGAGUAACAUUCCUUGUCUAAGGAAACAACGCGACAGGCGAGGUUGAAACCUGGACCUCCAGAUCAGAGUUUGAGGUGAUAACCGCUUGGCCACACACGCCUCCAUGUGGCAUGAUUAGCAAUGUCUCUUUCACCUAGACAAUAUCAUUUCUCAAUAGAGACUGCUAAAUUUUUACUGCAAAUCAAUUCUUCAAGCCUAGUUAAAUAUUUUCACUGAUAUAAGACAAAGUAAACUAAAAAUUAAACUGGUUUGAAUGUUUUAUAGCAGGGGCCUUUUGAACAGCAACAUUAAUUUUAGUUGGACUUCUUUCCAGGGUGCAAAGGAGGUAGUGCUUGCAAUGUUUCCAAACUAUGACCGCAUUGCAAGUGAUAUCCAUGUACGCAUUGCAGACCUACCUCUUAUGGAGGAGCUAAGAUCAUUAAGGUAUGGCAGUUCGUAACAAUCCUCAUACUUGUUGUUUUGACUUCUCACAUAGGUUCAAAGCUUAACACUAGAUCAAUGCUUGCAGGGAUUUUUUUGGAUCCAUAAAAAUCAAUGAUAACUAUCAUCAAUAAGAAUAUUUAAUAAUAUUAUUGCACAUAACAAUGUUUAAAAGCUCAAGCUAUCAGUACAAACAAAAGUUUAUUUUCAGACAUCUAGUUCAGGUUACAGCACCAAACAUUUGGAAACCAGUAAAGAAAAUUUGCUUAGUGUGACAUUCCAAAAAAUAUCCAUUCUCCCCAUGGAAAGGAAUAUUCUUCUUCUAUGACUGCAUCCCCUGUGGAAUUUCUAAUCUCUGAAAGAGGCAGGGAGGGGUGGGGGGAGGGGUUGUCUGGGUAUGGAUUCUUUCUGGGAGUACACAGUGUUGCUUAUUUAUUUUGUUUGUUUAUUUAUUUUUGCAGACAGCUGCAUGUGAACCAGUUGAUUCGAACUUGUGGUGUCGUGACAAGUAGCACAGGCAUUCUUCCACAGCUCAGCAUGGUGAAAUAUGACUGUCAGAAGUGCUCUUUUAUCCUAGGGCCAUUUUUCCAAUCACCCAAUCAAGAGGUCAAGCCAGGCUCUUGCCCAGAAUGUCAAUCACGAGGACCUUUUGAAAUAAACAUGGAUCAGGUUAGAUUGUGAAGAAAAUAGAGUUUGUAGUGGAUCGUAUUGGUUUCUCGGGUCCUGAAGAGUCUUUAUGGCAAAUUUAUACAUUGAAGGACGUUUGGGCUAGGGUAUGGUGAAGGAAGGGCUUAAGUGACUCAGUUGUGUAAAGAAGUGUGACGUCACAAAAAUCUGAAUUUGCAAAAGUAUGGGAUUGAUUGGGAUAUUGAACACAACAUCACUUAAAUCUCACCAACAAUUUGCACUAACCCAACGAUUUUUGUCAAGUGACCUUUUUCAUCAUGUUCUUUCCGACUAUCCUGCCCAGUCCCAUAAUUUCUUUAAUUUAGAUUUUGUCAUACCAUCGCUUCUCUACUCUAUUAGUUGUCAAAUUCUCCCUUUGUUUUGCAAGUAAAGAAAAGGGCGAGUUUAAUCCAGGAUUUAAUUUCUUACCAAUUGGGUCAAUUAAAACCUGGCGUUUGAGCGAAUGAACCCUGAAAGUCAACUGCAGAUUUCGUGUUGUAACAAAUAAGUGAGAAAAUAUUACAACUUUUCUUUUUUUUCCUUGUAGACUAUUUAUCAAAACUUUCAAAAGAUAAAGAUUCAGGAAAGUCCUAGCAAAGUUGCAGCAGGCAGGCUUCCCCGAUACAAAGAUGUCAUUCUGACUGGUGAUCUUGUAGACAGCUGCAAACCAGGAGAUGACAUUGUAAGUGAUAACUGUACUGCUGGCUUGUCAAGCUUGUUGAGUCUCCUUGUACAUGUUUUUCCCUGGAAAAGUGGAGUGUUCAGGGGUCUAGUCACAUGGUUGGUUGUAAUGUACCAGUUUUCUUGUUGUCAUUCGCCCUUGCCUGACCAUCUUCCGCCCACCCACCCUUCAAGCUGGGUAGUUUUAAGUGAUCGCCUCCCAUGGUCAUUUGGUGUCUCUUUGGAGCCUCUGUUAGCCAGGACUUUUCAUUACAGUAAUUAGAAUAGUUUCUUGAUGUUUUGUUUGUAAGUUUUGCUGUGGCAUGUAAUUUCGGGAGCGUUUUCUUUGUUAGUUCCUCUGUUGUACUAUUUUGAUGUUUUGUAAUAAAGGUGCGAUUAAAUUAAAUGGUUCAGCUUGAAUUGGCUCCCAGUUGCAUGCUUUGGCUUGUCUUGGAUCACAGUUUUCUGUGAGAAGUUCUAAUUAUUUUUUUUCUCACUCAGUAAUUUUGAAUUCUUUAUUGUGUAUCUUUAUUACCAGGAAUUGACAGGAAUUUACAGAAUUAAUUAUGACAGCAGUCUAAACCGGUCUAAUGGCUUUCCAGUGUUUGCUACAGUGAUUGAGGCUAAUUACAUUACCAAACAGGAUGACAAAUUAGCUGUCACAAGUUUAACCGAUGAAGAUGUCAAGGCUAUUAUUGAUUUAUCAAAGGAUGAGAGAAUUGGAGAAAAGGUACUAAUUUGAUAUUAUCUAAUGGACAAAGUCAGAAUUUGGUGCGCAGAAUCUUAAGAACUUUAAUGAAACAAUAUUCCCUUCUUCAUUGCAUCUUAGAAUCAGAAGGUUAUGUGUAAAUUUGCUUUUUCGAAAUCUGAAACUGAAAAUAACGUGAAUUGAGACAUGCAAACACUAUUCAUGCUUGUAAUAGGUGGAAUAUCUUUGUUGGUCCAGAAGACAAUUUUCAGUUUUAACCCUUUAAACCCUAAUAUCAAAAUUGAAAUUCUCAUUUGUUAUCUCGAUACGUUUUCAAUAGAAGUAGUGGGAAGAAUUUGUUGAAGUAUCAGUUGGAUUCAUCUUGUGUGAUCAUGUCCUUAAUUCUCAUGACCACUCUGUUUUAUACAGAAGUGAUGUUACAAGGAGAAAUUUGAUGCUGAUCACUCUUAGGGCUUAAAGGGUUAAGGGUCAGACAGGUUAAAAUGCCAGUGGAUGGAAAUCUCUAAUUCCCAUAAGUUUGUUAAUUCCCAGAAGUUUACUAAUAAUUAGUAAUAAUUAUAAUAAUUAUUUUAAUUUAUCCAUUUAGUAUGUUUAUACUUCUACCUACUCUAAUUUAUUUUGUUUGGCAAAAACAAAUAAUUAAAUAAAAAGUUUGGGGUGUUUGAAGAUUACUUGGACCUUUAAUGAAAAUCCAUCUAUUUUGAUUGACCCUUAAAGUUGUCUUUAUUGCAGAUAAUAAAUAGCAUUUCUCCAUCUAUUUAUGGUCAUCAAGACAUUAAGCGAGCAAUAGCGUUAGCAAUGUUUGGUGGAGUUGCCAAAGAUCCAGGUCAGUAUAAAUCUUGACCAUGGUGGCCUGUCACAUUUUUGGAGGGCAUUUUUUUUUUUACAAGCUUUUCUGGACACAGGCCUGCCCAGAGGGAAUAGGCACAAACAGGACUCAAAGGUCCCAUGCAAGGUGCCAUCCCUACCCGAUCCCACAACCUGUUAAGGUUGGCCACACCACCGGGGUCUGCGUCCCCUACUCUUUUGAACAGUGGUGUGGGUUCUUUUAUGUCCCACAAGAGCAGAUCAGUGAAGUGCUGUGAGACAGGACCUACGGUUUUUCUUCCUUAUCCGAGAAGACUAGAAAGUCUAAUCAUUUGCAGAUGUCAUUACAAAGGCAGCACUUUCUUCUCAGUUAUUUAAAGACCCUAAGUGUUGGUCCGGCCAAGGUUUGAACCCGUGACCUCCCGCUCAGCAGACUGGCGCUCUACCAACUGAGCUAACCAGGCGGCAUAGCUAUCCUGUGGGAUUAAGAUGGGAACACCCUCUCACUUGGCCUAAACAUGAAUGUGUCAGCAAACUGGGCGUGGUUUUUGUGGCUUCUGUGGGGUGAUCUGCACAAUUUUCUACCUUUAAAAUCUUGGUGGCUUCAAACUAGAGAAACAAAGAAGAUGUUUUUAAAUAAAGUCAUAUUUGGGCCUUGUCUUGUCUCAAACAGGGUAGCAAAAUCAGCAGGUUUUGUCUUGAACAGGGUCAGAGUUUUAAGGCUAAAAAACAAUUUCUUGAACUCCAGCUUGUCAUUUAGGUAAAUAGCUCUUAUGUUUUGCCUGCCCGGGUCCAAUUCUUGUUCUUCUUAGUGGAUGAUUAGUUAGAAAAUGACUUGCUCUGAUCUCUGCCCAUUGAGCAAGCAAGCUUUAAAAGUUUCUUGCGUUGUAAGAAAAUCUACUUGUCCUGAACUAUCAGACAGGACUUUUUUCGAGCCCUGUAAAUUGGAAGGCCUUGGCUACACACCCCCACUGAAACCUCCUUGUUAUCGUGCCAUGUACUGACUAGUCAAUGCUCUUUGCAGGUGGAAAGCACAAACUCCGAGGUGACAUUAACAUCCUUUUGUGUGGAGAUCCUGGAACAGCAAAAUCUCAGUUUUUGAAAUAUGUUGAGAAAGCCGCUCAGCGGGCAGUGUUCACCACUGGCCAAGGUGCUUCCGCAGUUGGAUUGACGGCGUAUGUCCAGAGACACCCUGUUACCAAAGAGUGGACACUUGAAGCUGGUGCGCUGGUGCUGGCUGAUAAAGGAGUCUGUUUAAUUGAUGAGUUUGAUAAGGUAAAUUGUCAAUUGUGAUUACUAUUUUGCAAGCUACAUAGUCACCAAAGUUCGGUUUCUGUAUGCAGCUUAUCUACCUGUGACGUAGUCACUAGUGCUGUUUUGGGAUACCACUUCAAUAAAAUUAUGAAAAAGGAAGUCUCAGGCAACAGAGGCCAUCUGAGUCUUUAUCACAGGCAUACCUGUGAAGUUUGCUGGACAGGUGUUCAACUUCCCAGUCAUGGUAGCGGGAAAGACUUGCAAUGUUUUUUUUUUUUGCUUUUGGUUUUUGUUGUCAGAAAGAUCUCCUCAGCUUAUGAGAAUCGCACUUAAAAAUUUUGUCAAUAAUUAUUGUUGUUUUAAGAUGAACGAUGCUGACCGCACAAGCAUCCAUGAAGCAAUGGAACAACAGAGCAUCUCAAUUUCCAAAGCUGGAAUUGUUACUUCACUACAGGUAAAUUUGAUGUGAUUUAAAAGAGGCAUGUUAAUUGCACUUGUAACAUCCUCUCCAUGGAGUAGUGGUUUGAGAACCCUUUUUUUGAACAUGUUUUUAGUACCAUUAGUGGCUCUUUGUGUUGAAUCCUUUUUUUCCUGGGUAACCUAAAAAAUUACCAUAAUUAAUAAAAUGACUUAUUCUGCUUAUUUUUAGAAAAAAAAAACUUAAAUCAGAUAGCACCACACAAAGUACGGCCAGAACAGGUUUUUUUAAUGUUCACACCAUAGGAUUUGUCUACAGGCUUGUGGUAGUUGGAAAAACCCACAGAAUUGAAUACCAUGUGAAAGUACUGCAUGGUCAGGCGGCCUGCCUUUGGGACUUAAGGCAAACCACGUUAUAUUUCUCCAUCAAUUAAGAGUGAUUAAUGAAAACGGAUUUUAAUGUAUUUUAUUACUGAAAAUUAAUGCAUUUUUUUCAGGCAAGAUGUAGCAUCUUAGCUGCUGCAAAUCCGAUUGGUGGGCGAUAUGACCCUUCACUAACUUUUGCUGAAAAUGUAAGUGGGAAUAUUGAAUAAAAUGUUUAGCAGAACUAAUGAAAUUUAGUUUUUUACGUCAAUGGAGAUUAGUUGUUCUCAGAAGCUGCAAUGGCAUCACCGUUCUUGUAAUUAAAAACAUAGAACCACAAAAUGGAAGUUAAAUAAUCUUACGGUAGAUAGGAUGCUUUACGUAAUAAAUCUAAAUAAUACUGGCAAAUUCAAAGCAAGAGAAGUACUCUGUGGAUUUAAAUGAAAUUGAUAUUUAAUUGUUUUGUGAAUGACCGAUAACACUGGU